CGCGCUGAGAAUAUAUACAUAUAUCUAUUUGUUCACUCGCCCACCUACACACGUAUUUCUCCGCAUUGCGCAGACCUUACCGCGAGGUAAUAGCACUUGUCAGUUUGAACUAUUAUGGAAGAUGAAAACAAUGAACAUGGACUUGUUGACACUUGGGGCCUGUGGGAGGAGGCUUAUUACAAAAAACAAACUGGAGAAACAACAGUCACUCAAAUGAAUAAUUCAGCUGUAUGCUUGGAUGAUUCAGAAGAAAAUAGAGAAGAUUGCUUUUAUUCUGCUUAUUCGUAUGAGUCAGAUGGCAACGGUAAUUCGAAUGCAAACAUUAAAAGUGUCAUCAGAGGAUUGAAAAAUAAUAUUUUAAAACAAAAGCAAGAAAAUCAAUCCAAUUUAUGUAAUGACACCGAGUCAACCCAACAAGAAGCUCAAAUCAAUGACACUACUACGGAAGAAAAAGAGAAUACUAAUAAAAAAGAAGAGGAUAAAAAAGAAACAAAACCAGAAAAAAUGACCGAGUACACUCAGUACUUGGGUCUCAAGCCAUCGUCUAAACCUGAGUGUAAUAAUACUAAUGCGCUGGAAAUAGCAUCAACUUCAUUGGAUUCAAAUUUGAAUGAUCAAUUCAAUCAUUCUUCUGCAACAACUCCACCACAAGAAGUCACUAACGACGAUACUGAAUCACUUAUUCCUAGCGAUUACGAGGAUGGACCUAUUAUUAAUCCCAAAGAAGAAUCCAUUUCUGAUUUGGGAUCACCAAACUCUAACAUUUUUGAGGACGGUACUGCUUGUGAUUCAGAAUCUGUUGAUGAUUUUAAAGUAUCAGUUCCAGUUACGUCCAAGGUAGAGUCUAUUUCCGAUUCAGAACCAGUGCACAGGGAUGACUUUAAAGUAUCAACCCCAAUUACAUUCGAGGAUCGGUCUACAAGUGAUACAGAACAAGUUGAUGGCUUGGAAGAAUCAGCUCCAAUUAUGUCCAAGGAUGCUUCCGUUUGUGAUUCAACACCAAUACCUUCGGAUGACUUGCAAGUGCCACCAGCACCGGUCACAUCCGAGCUUGCGCCUAUACGUCAUUUUAAAAAAGAAAUUGUCGACGACAUCGAAUCACCACCUGCUAGUCCAUCCGAGAUUGGAUCUGUUAACAAUCCAAAGCUUGAACCCUGCGAUAGUCCUGAAGGGGAGGCAUCUGUUAGUAACUUUGAAAUGUCUACUCAUGCGCCCGAAGUUUUAUCUCCUGCUGGCUCUGAAGUUCAUGCAGAUGAUAGUUACACGAAAGCAUCUACUUAUAGCUCUAGGCCACGAUCUUCUAGUGGCUCUCCAUUUAAUGGAUUUGCCAGUGAAGAACAGUCUAUUAUAAACUCAGAACUAGCGUUCGCUAAUUUGUUUGAGUUACCUUCUACAAGUAAAACAGAUGCAUCUAGUAAUUUAGAUCAACAAGCUACGCAGAGAGUUAAUCAACAGUUAACUAGUAAAUUUGAUGGUUCCUCUGUUAGUAACGUUGAUCAACCGUCUAUCAGUGAUUUCAACCAGCCUUCUACUAGCAAUUGUAAACAAACUUUAGCAAGUGAUUUCGAUAGACCCUCUACCAGUAAACUUGACGAACCGUCUACUAGUAAAUUUGAUCAACCGUCUACUAGUAAACUUAAUCAACCAUCUACUAGUAAACUUAAGAAACCAUCUAGUAGUAAACUAAAAAAACCAUCUACUAGUAAAUUUAAUCAACCAUCUACUAGUAAACUUAAUGAACCAUCUACUAGUAAAUUUGAUCAACCAUCUACUAGUACUUCAGCUCAGUCUUCUAAAAGCUCUAAAAGCAAGCAACGUAAGCGUUCAGGUAGCAAAUCAUCACGCAAAUCAAAUUCUGAACAUCCCAAAAGCAACAAGAAAGUUUAUUUAUGCGCAGCAUGUGAUACUUAUUUCGAAAAAUGGAAUCUCUUUUUACACAUGCGUGAAGUGCAUGAUCGUCACAUAUGUUUAUUUUGCCUUGGUAUGUUUGCCCAAGCAGACAGGUUGUCUCAUCAUUUAGCGAAAAAGCACAAAGUUCCAGAAACGAAUUAUCACACUCUGGAGGAGUUUCAUCAAACUUUUAAAGGUGGUUGUUACGUUGUCUGCUGUGCUUGUGAAAAAAUGUUUACCGAGACUGAUAAUUUUGCAGAUCACGACUGUCCUAAAGAGCAGAGCCAACAGCCAUCUGCAGAACCAUGUUCAGUGUGUAAAAGGAUUGGUACUCACAUGGACACGUGUAGUUUUGCACCUGAAAAAGAAGACGAAACAGCCGUUUUACAACCAGUAGUGAAUGACACUAUAACAAAACCGCCUGAUGUUGCUGCCAACGUGUUUACAUCAAGCCAAUCGGUCACUGGUGCCAGAAGGCAGUCUCAAAGGACUAUCAAACCCAAUAGGUAUAACGAUGAUGUUUAUUUGUAUACUGAUUUAGUACAAAGACGCGGAAAAAAGACUAAACCACAAAAUCAAUCGGAACCAAGGGAUGUGGAUCAUCAAACGAGUCCUGAAGUGCAAAACAAUGCUUCCAUCAGUUUACCCCAAACACAUCAACAGGAUUCGUUUCAAGAUUCUGCUACUGAAACAUCAAUGGAGAUUUCUCGUGGUACGGAUGAUCAAGUGACCAACGAGAAUAACUCUUACGAAAAUGAGUUGUCCAGCAGUGAUUAUCAAAACGUUAGCUUGCAUCAUAGUAAAAAGUGGAACAGUGAUAGUGCCAAUAACAUUAACGAUAAUGUGACUGAAACUAAUGUGGAAGUAUCCAACUUUGUAAAUAAUCCUAACUUAUCCUGUGCAGACAGAGCAAUGGCUGAAAACUUGAUUAAUGGUACAAUUGAAUCAUCAGACCCAAAAAGUGAAGAUGAUGUAAGAUUGAGUGAAGCAGAAAACGAAGAGCACGAAGAAACUAAUGAGUUUGGUUUGGAUAACAACAGUGCACAUGAGGAUUCUGAUUCAGGUUCUGAAUCUCAAACAUCAAUCAGUCCUGACGAUCCUACUAAGCAAUCUGUUCGAAGUCCUAAUUUUAAUACUGAAAAAGUUGCAAUGGAAACGAGAAUAGAAUCAACAGUAAAAUCGGAAAGUAAACCACCUGUAUCAGGUGGCAGUUUGAUUAUCAAAUUUUCCAAAAAUAAUUCAACUUUUUCCAUAUGUUCUUCAUCCCCGCAUUUGAAAGCAGAAACUAGAAAUCACGUUUCUCGAGAUUCUGAAGAAAAUAACAACGCUGAUGAAGCAUCCGAUGGCAAACGAUCGAUACCUGAAGUUAAAAAGGCUAUCAAGCGUGAACUGAACAGUAAUUCAGAUAGCGACAGGCUAACAAUAGCUGACGAUGAUAGAGAAAUGCCACUAGGUAGUAUUUUAAUUGAACCUGAUUUAAAUAAAGAAGGUAAUAGUGGUGUCGAAGUAAAUGAACUUGAACCGGAACAAGUGAAAGAAACAGUAAGAAGAUUCAAAGUUGAACCUGACGAUGGUAUUCCAUUGGCUGGUGAAGAGGUACCUUUGGUGGAUUUGAAUGUCGAUAACCUAUUGGAAAAUAUGGAUAUAGAGGACUUGCUGAAGCUCUGCAUACAGGCUGUUUGUAGUAUAUGUGUUUAUUGCAACCAUGCCAGGUGCAUAGCAGCCAACGGCAAGCAGCUAGGUCUACAUAUGCUAGCAGAGCACAGGUUUCAGCCUCAGCAUUCCGCAAUCAUUAUUCAGCAGGAGCAGUUUACAGCGAGGGUGAAAAAAAGCUUGGAGGAUCUUAAAGAUUAUUACUUUAAUUUGAACUCUUACAACAGCAAACAAGGCACCUACAAUGUUUCAACGGACAAAGUGUACGAGUGCUUUCACUGUAGAGUUUAUACGUCUGCGCACAAAGAACUUUACGUGCACAAUAGAAAAGUGCAUCAAAAAACAAUACUGAUAUGCAUAAUGUGCAAGUCAACGUUUUACAGUUACAGUGAAUUAGUGUGCCAUUUGUGUCCAGGUGUAUACGUCGCGAUCAAUGACAUGAAGUACCGCUGUUGUUACUGUGCAAUAAAGAGUCUUCCCUCGGCUUUCAGACUCAUGGUUCAUCUGCGGAAACAGCAUCACGCUUGCGACGUUUGUCUGGAAAUCACGGGUCAUCAAAUGCGUUUGGCGAAUCACGUGUGGAAGCACAAGUUGCAACAUUUUUGUUACAGAUGUGGUAUCGCUUACAGAAACAAGCCGGACAUUACGAAGCACUUGUUCUGGAAACACGGCACAGAGAGCGUUCUUUGCAAAAAGUGUUUGCAAAAAAAGUGGCCUCACAUUUACCAUUUUUGCACGCCAGCCGCGUCGUUCAAUUGCGAAGAGUGUGGUCAAAAUUUUUCCCGAGCUGUUGCUCUAAAGGUGCACAAAAGAAUUCACACUGGUGAAUUUCCGUACUCGUGCUCCGAGUGCCCCGAAAAACUCGUAUCCAAAAAACUUUUGGCCAAACACGAACAGAGUCACAGGGAACCCCCACCCCCACUGCCGCAAGUCCCGAACGUUGUCUCGCAUGUAAAUAGCGACCAAGCAUCAAUGGACCAAGAAGUGCACGUUGAUGUUUGCAGUGUAGACACCGCAGAGACGAAUAAUGCAGCAGCAGAGGCAAACACAGAACUUGUUCCUAAAGAGCCUGUGAAGAAGGUUAUCGACGUAUACGAUCUUCCACCCUUGAAUCUGUCCUCUGAUAGCGACAGCGAUUUGGACGAUGAUAAAUCCAAACAGGUUGAUCCCAAAGAAAAACCCGAGAAGUUCGACAACGAAAUCAGUGCGAACCAGUCUGCAACCAUUGCAACGGACUCUCAAGUAGCUGUUGGACCCGUGACGAAUGCAAUCGUUGAAGUGGAAAAGAACGAAGAAGAAAAGAAACAAGAAGAGCAGAUCAUGCAUGGUAUUUGGGACAAUUUUAAAUCUUACGCAGCUAGUCUGGAUAAUCCCAUGGUCAGCGUGACUCCGAUGGAAACGGAUGAGAAACAAGAUACUGUUGAGAAAGGAACGACGGAACAAGGAAUAGCAGACGAACCGCAGAUAGAAAACAAAGUGGAGGAGAAGACGCAAGUUGUCGAUCCGGAAGUUUUAAACGCAAUAUUGGCCGAGCACGAUUAUUGCGUGGUUUAUUCGGACGGGAGCACGCAAGAGCCUUCGGGCGAUGUGGAAUCUCCCCUCGGAGAAUCAUCGAAAGUCGUUGGCGAUGGGCAGGAUGUCGGAACGGAUGUGAAUUUGUCGUUUAAUCGGACUGACGCACAAGUCGGGGAGACCGAGUCAGCGAAGAAAAAAACCAAAAGCCCGAAAAAGAAAAAACAAAACGGCGGCACCGCGUCGUCGAGCGAUUCGUCGAGUGACAGCGACUCGAGCAGUUGCUCUUGUGGUACCAAUUGCAGCUGCUCCAGUUCCUCGUCGAGUAGCAGUUCAAGUUCCAGCAGCAGCUCGGAUUCGGAGAGCUCUGGUUCGGAAAACUCGCCUCGAAAGAAGCGCAAGAGGGAAAAGGCUGCUGUCAAACAGGAGGACAAGACGAAGGAACAACAGCCAGAGCAACAGAGCCCACCUCAGGAAGACACCUCGGUCAAAAUGGAAUUCAACGAAACGGAGAAAAUCGAGCAUGCAGACCCGGUGGUUCCUGAAACCUUGCCAACACGGCCGCCCCCGCCGCAACUUGUGAUAGUCGAGUCCGAUCUCGACACGACGGAGACUGAAACUGACGAAGAAUUUUACGAAGAGAACCCUCAGCUCGUAGCCUCUAAACUACUAGCUGAAAAGCACAACAAAUUGCUGUCGUUCUCCGAUACCCCAGUCGAUACCCCAGUCGUGGACUCAGCACCGGCAGUUCCUACGAACAACGGAGCCUUCGAUGUUGACGCGGCGAUACUCUCGCCUGCCCUUGAGAACGAGACCAAGCCAAUAAAUUCCUUUUUGGAGCAGCCGAGUCCGACCAAGCGAAAAACAAAAACGAGAAGACGCAAGAGAGGAGGCAUCGCUCGUGGCAGGGUGCGAAAAAACACCAAUGCAACCCCAAAGACCGUCAACACGCUGAAAAUAAACAUUCCAAAGAAUCUGUUCCAAAAGAAGGGCUACGCAUCGAUGCCUGCCACGCCUUCGGCUUCCUUUGUGGCUAGAAGGCCUUCGGUGCCGAAUUUCUCAGUCGGCAGUUCUUACCAUGAGAUGAUUGGCCAUGCCCAUGUUCCCGAGUCGCCGCGCGCAUUCGACACAUCAGCUCCGAGUAUAGGCGGCAGCGGUUCGGAAACCGAGGCCAAACGAUCCAAGAGAAAGAGGGUACCAAAGCGCUUCUACGGAGACUCCAGCGACGAGGAGGUUCAAAGGCAACAGCAGAUGCUCAAGUGGAAGCGAGUCGAUACUCCUGCUGGUAUCGUUAAAGCUCCGCCCACGCCGACGAAUAAUAAACCCUUGAAUUACAAACAGACCAUCCAGCAGCAGCAACAACUGCUCCUACAGCAGCAGCAUCAGCAACAGCAGCUCAUCCUCCAGCAGCAGCAACAGCAGCAACUUUUCAUCCAGCAGCAGCAACAGCAGCAGCUGCUCAUUCAGCAGCAACAACAGCAGUUGCAGCUACAACAGGAGCAGUUGUUGCAACAGCAACGCUUGCAACAUCAACAGCAUCAGCAACAACAGAUGCAGGCCACUCAAGCUGACGAUGAAGAAGAGGACGACGAAGACGACGAAGACGAUGACGAAGAUGAAGACGUCGAUGAUGAUAAAGGACUUGUGAUAGCUGGUGCUUCGCCUAGCCAAUCCAACGAAAGUAGUUCUGGCAGCAGUAGCGGCUCGAGCGAUUCGGACAACGAAGAGGAGCUAUCGGCACCUGCGGUGGCCACAGCGUCGACCUCGUUGUUGACGAACGAGGUCGGCUUUGGAUUCACCCACGACCGCGGCUUUCCGCAGCUGCAGCCCGUCAACCAGGGCCGUCAGGGUAAUUUGUACUGCUACUGCCAAAGCCCUUACGACGAGGUUUCCGAAAUGAUUGCCUGUGACGGGGACGACUGUCAAAUCGAGUGGUUUCACUUCCAGUGCGUGCAAAUUGUCAAGCCACCCAAGGGCAAAUGGUUCUGUCCGGAUUGUCGGCGCAAGCUCGGGAUACCGGACGACGCUGAGGCUGACGGCAACGGAUAGUAGGAACAGCAGAACCAUGUCUUUGACGGACUGAUUGUUGUACUGCUUUAUUAUCAUUAUUAUUCGACGUUUGCCGGAGAGAAAAAAGAAGUGCUUAUAAUGACGACCGGUGGAUAUCGUCGGUCAGCUGUUUUAUUAAUAUAUUCUUCUUCUUGGCAAACGAAAUAGAAUUUAAAAAAAAUAAAAACAAGUAAGAAGAAGACAGAAGAAAAUUAUAGUCAAGAGACAUUGAAGCAGCGAAUGUGCUAGCACACAAAAUACACAGCAGCGUUCCAUGUUAAUAUUUUUCUUAAUAUUGAAGGUAAUUUUACAUAUUACACACACAACACGCGUUUGUAUAUAAUACUUGUAAAUACGUAAAAUUGUAAACGCCCUAGAGUUUAUAUGAUAAAAUGAACAAAGUAAGUUUUUUUUGUGUAAAUUUCUUUGUAAAUUUAUAUAUUAGACAAGAAAAAAAAAUGUAAUUUUAAUAUACGAUUGAAAACACAUUCAUGCAUUGAACGUAAGCAAAAAGAGAUAGAGGGCUGUCCUAGAACUUAAAGAAAAAAAUCAGAGUUUACUGUCGGCACUGCUGGCAGUGUCUGUGAUUUAAAAAAAAAAGGCGACGAUUCCUUCAAAAAAUCAAUUCUUAACAAGCGGUGAUUAAUAUUCUUUAAACAAACCGAGCACUUUUUCUUUUGUAAUAAUAAUUAACGAAGGAUUACCCUACUCAUUGAUGUUUGAGGAAGCUUUAGGAAUAUUAAUUUUAUAAAGAUAAGUUAAAAUUAUUAUCAUUAAAUUGUCGAUUCAGUAUUAACAUAAAAAUUUUACGCAAGAUUAUGACCUCGUGGGUUAUCCUUCGUUAUCUUUAUUUAUGUUAAUGAGUAUUGAGUUUAUUGAAAAUCAAGUAAUUACAUUAUUUCAGUCGUCUCACACGUAUGGCUCGUAUUAGUGAAUGAAUUGAUUUAAAGUCGAACAUGUUCCAUUAUUGAUUGACUUGUUUAAUUCCUUUUGUAUGGUUUGAAAAAAUACAGACAUUUGAAAUCAUCGACUUUUGUUUCAUAAUUUUUAAAUACUUUGUUUAACGGCAAAUCUGUCGUAAAUCAUUUAGGUUUGUAAGUAGUGAAUUAUCUAAUGGUUGAAAAAACUGUCGAUUUCCUAUUUAAUUUCACUGUGAGAGCAGUUUUUUUCACUGAAUUAGUUUUUUUUUUUUUUUUUUUUUUUUUUAGUUUUCAACAAAUUAUAUUGAAAUCUUGGUAUAGCGAAAUGAGGAAAGAUUUAUCCAAUUCACGCUAAAAUUCAGUGCCAAAGUUUUGCACAUCAAACAUUUUGAUGUAUCAUUUACCAGUGAUAUAAAUAUUUCGUUGUUUGAUAGAAGCGUGCUCGAGAAUGCCGUGUUUUAAAAACGUGAUUGAUUUGUACAUAAAUCUUGAUAUGUAAGACCAAAAACUUAAUAUUAUUUUGUUCGUUGGCGGACGAAUCGAGAAAGAAAAAAUUCUUAGUGCAAAAUUAACGUCUUACCGAUUUGGAUGCUUUUAGAAAAGAAAGGAAAGAAAAAAACGAACGCAAUUAACUUCUCUUUUUUUUUAUACUUUACCUUUAUUACUGCGAUUGUUUAUUUUUAAUUUAAACGAGUGAAACCUGACUCUGUAGUGAGAUCGUAUUUUACCUAUGUAAUAAUAGUCAGCCCUCGCCUCUUACAGUCAUUCGAUUCCCAAAAUAAUAGCGGCGAAAUCUUUGUAACAUAAACACUGUAUGUAAAAUUCGAAAAUAAUACAUUACUCAAAAGAA